AUGGCAUUCCAAGUGGACGAGCACAAGCUGCUCGAGAUGUACAACUUGAACGAGCUGAACCCUGCGGACAGUGUCGACAACGACUGGCAGCGUGUGUCGACGAUACAGUAUGACCUGGGUGCGUGGCAGGACAGCGGCAAGAUGUUGGAGGAGAGGCCCUAUGCGUUGCUGUCUGACCUGAUAGCGCAGCAGAAAGGCGCGAGCCAAGGCAGCCGUGGGUUGCAAGGCGGCAUAGAUGCGUCUACGGUGAACGAUCCCCUGGAUGGCCAACUGGUGCUGGAGAAGAUGCGGCAGUUGAGGAUGAACCCCGAGCAAGCACCGCAGUAUCUGGUCAAUAGCAAAAACUUCGACGCGAUCCAGUUUCUGCGUGGGAUGCAUAACAGGGACUCCUUCGACGAGUUGAGCCAGUACUUGGACAGGUUGGACAGAGAGCUACAAACGCAAGCGGGCGACUUGCAGCACUUGGUGCAGACCAAUUUUACAAAGUACGUCAAGAUCAAGAGCCGCCUGGAUCAAAUAUACUCUAACUUUUCGGAAGGUGGUGAACAAGAAAAUCAAAAUAUAAUGAAAGUAGAGAAACUGAAAGAAGAACUGGACGAGACGAUAAGAUUCACCACACAGAAGUUGAACCCUGUUAUCAAUUAUGAGAAGAAGAUUAACAACUUCAAACUAACCAAGAGAUUUAUUGAGGAGAACAAAUUCUUCAUAAAUCUGCCAAAACAAUUAAAAUCACACCUAAUACAAAACAAUUACAACAAAUUGAUAACAGACUACUUGAAAGGUAAGGAGCAAUACGAUAAGCUAGUGCAAUACUUCGAAAACAAGGUCGUUGCUGAGUUUCAUGAUAACGAGGAGGAGAGCAACAUCAACAAAACUCCAAAGGUAAUAGAGGUUAUAUGGUCCGCUUGCCAAUCGAUAGUUGAAAUAUAUAAGAGUCAAUUGUGGAGACUAAUUACCACACCAUCUGUUAUUGGUAAUGCCAACAAGAUAGCUGGUAAACAAAGCAGUGAGAUUGACAUUAGUAUUGAAACACCCGAGAUGUUUCUGCCCAAUAUAUCUAGAUUGCUAGACCUAAAUAUUGAUGAAAACCCCAUUAUCAAGUGGAUAGAAUCCAGAAUCGAUUAUCUCGAGACAAAACUUAGAGACACCGCUCAGAAUAUGAUUCUUAAAAUCACCAAUGCACAGCAAAACAUAAUUAGAAACCAGGUUUCGCACGCUGCUGAAACCGAAAGAGAUACCGAUGCUGUGGAGUUGGAGCACUAUACAAAUAUAGAUAAACUAUUCAGCCAUGGUGCAUUUAUGAAAAAGGGAGAAUCUGGUGACUCAAAUAACAAUUCUAAUACCAUGAUAAGUUCUGCACCCACCUUUGGUGAUGGAACAAUCAUCUCCCAAGGUCUAACUGACUCCAUUAUUGUGAUAGAGAUGUGGUUACUUAUCCUCAAAUAUGCACAACAGCUGAAUGAAUUAUCUGCUAGGUUUAUCCAAUUAUGGGAACAUACUGAAAAGUUUUUAGAUGGUUCAUAUCAAACUAUCUUGAUAAAUGAAAAGAGAAAGGAGAAUAUUUUACUGGUAGGUGACUUCAAUGCUUGUGAGAAAUAUCAAAAACAAAUUCAUUUGUCUGAUGAUGAAGUCAAAGGAAUAAGACUAAAAGGUGAGAGCUUUGUUAAAAUGAUUGCGGACAGAAUCUUUAUACUAUUCCAAUCAUCCCAAAGCAGCCUUUCCCAAUUCACAUCUGAGGAUGUUUCAAUGGAUGAUAUGACAUGGGAAAAAGAAAUUGGCCUUCCUUCCAACUACGGAUUUAUCCCCCCUAACGCAAAUGGCCUGAGUUGCUUAAGAUACCUUCCUCUGAUCAUUGAACCGAUUUUGAGGUUUAGUAGUGAUUUGGCUCAGCUUAAAAUAACACCAAAAUCAAUUGAAAUACCUAAGAAACUUGCUUCGAUAAUUAUUGGUCGUUCGGUUAGUGCAAUUUCUUCAACGAAGUUAAGAGAUAUUGCAAAUUUCCAUAAAUUAGAAAACUGGGAAAAAUAUGAGUUUGUAAACGCUAGAAAAGAUGAUCUGAAUGACUCCAAUUAUGAGUAUGCUAUUACUCAGUUUCCUACUAUCAUCAAGUCUUUCCAGGAAUUAUCAAUCAAAACUAUCAGAGAUAUUGUUUUUUCAUUCGAGAAGUUGCCAACUAUUGGUGGUGUAUCAAUAAUCGAAUAUCCUUCCAAGAAGGUGCUAACAGGCAUUGAAAUUCAACAAAUUAUAUCUAUGGAAGCCGUUUUGGAAUCAAUAUUGAAGAAUGCAGCAAAAGAUAAGGACAAUCCAAGGAAUCCACACACAAUUCUCACAUUGACUAAUUUGCAAUGUAUUAGAGAGAGCACUUUUCCCGAUAUUCUACAGUUCUUUGAUGACUGUUUUGAAUGGAAUCUAAAGACAAAGAAUUUGGAGUUAUUCAAUUUACUUGCAAAGAUGGAACAAUCUAUUUUCGGUAACUAUUUAUCUGACCUGAAGAUUAGCCUACGUGACACCCUUGAAUCGAAGUUUAAUGAGAUCGAUUGGGCUACUUACACUUCUACUUCGUUUAGAGCUGGUGAUUACAUCAUUGAAUCUUUGAUGGUACUAGUGUCUGUCCACAGUGAGUGUUCCCGGGAUGGUCCUCAGUUAAUUGAUAGAAUACUACGAGAGAGUCACAUCUUCAUCGCUAGAUAUCUCUUCGAGUCUUUCAAGCCAUUUAUUGGUAAUAUAUCAGCAGAUGGCCUGCUACAAGUUACCGUGGAUAUCCAAUUCUUCCAAAGAGUCCUAGGAAGGCUGCUUGAUAAGGAUACUGAAUCUACAUUGGGCGCAACAUUGCAGAACUGUUUCCAAAACAAUGCCGAGAGAUUGAAGAUGUGCAUAAAAGAAACGGAACCAAUCGUCAAUGCUAAUUUGAAGAGAACAAGUAUUCAAUUUUCAGCAUUCAAAUAA